UUGGUUUUGUUCUCCCAGCUCAGUUUGCUUCCAGAUUCUGGCCAGGCCUUCUGCUUUGUAAAUUCACUUUCCCUCUUUUCGGUUUUUGGCCUUGCUCCGUCUCUUUGCCUCUGCUUCUGUUUGAUUUUAUUUCAUGCAAUCUCCUUCGGUUUCUUUGCCCUCUCUAGCAUGCUUCGUCUUGGGUCCAAUAUCGUUAAUAUCAUUCAUACAUUUCACUCUGCGUAUCGCAGCUUUGAGGGUCGCUGCUUAAAUAUCUAAUCAUUCUCGGGCUUCUUUGAAGAAUAUGGGAAGCAAAUGGAGAAAACUGAAGGUGGCUCUUGGAUUGAAUAUGUGUGUUCAUGUUCCUAGAGAUAUAGACGAUUCCUCCCCGUCUCUCAACUCCGCAGCAAGAUUUAUCAAUUCUCGCUCGCCGUCUGACGCUUCUCCCUCCGGUGAUAGCUCUGGUCAUGGACCAACCACUCUGACUCCUUCCUCCUCUGGUCUACGGCUUACUAAAUCCGGAUCCAAAUCACCCAAGGGGACAUGCGCAAUAUGCCUGACCACAAUGAAAGCAGGGCAGGGCCAUGCCAUUUUUACCGCAGAAUGCUCUCACUCCUUCCAUUUUCACUGUAUCACAUCUAACGUAAAACAUGGAAACCAAGUUUGCCCUGUCUGCAGAGCAAAGUGGAAAGAAGUGCCUUUUGAAAGUCCUGUUUGUAAUGUUUCCCAUGGCAUGCCUCGCAUCAACCAGAUGCCCCGAGAUAACUCAUGGACAACAAUCUUACGACGGCUUCCUUCCCAAGCAGUGGAUUCAAACAGGCAAGUCACGUCACUCUAUAAUAUUACUGAACCAGCUAUAUUUGAUGAUGAUGAGAAUUUGGAUCAACAAACUUCAAUUACCCACAAUGAAAAUGAGGCUGAUCACAGUUCAUUAGAUUCCAUGGAGAUUAGAACGUAUCCUGAAGUUUCAGCUGUUCCGAAAUUAGCUUCACAUGAUGAAUUUGCUGUCUUAAUCCAUCUCAAAGCUCCCCAUUCAGGGGGAAAACAAAGUAGCGUCAGUGACAAUGCUGAAUCGUCACCUUCAGCUCAAACUUCUCGUGCUUCAAUUGACCUUGUCACUGUCCUUGACGUAAGUGGUAGCAUGGCAGGUACUAAGCUUGCCCUGCUUAAACGAGCCAUGGGUUUUGUCAUACAGAAUCUGGGUCCAUCAGAUCGGCUAUCUAUCAUUGCCUUCUCUUCUACAGCCCGCCGUAUCUUUCCACUUCAUCGGAUGACUGAAACUGGACGACUGCAGGCAUUGCAGGCUGUUAAUUCUCUAAUUUCAAGCGGGGGGACAAAUAUUGCUGAGGGCCUGAGGAAAGGUGCCAAGGUGUUUAUAGACCGCCAAUGGAAGAACCCAGUUUGCAGUAUUAUAUUGCUGUCUGAUGGUCAGGAUACAUACACAAUCAGUAGCAGGCCCAACGCUGGAACAACCUAUCCAUCACUGCUCCCAAGAUCCAUUAGUCGAAAUAAUGGUGUGGGCUUGCAGAUACCAGUGCACGCAUUUGGUUUUGGUGCUGAUCACGAUGCUACUUCAAUGCACUCAAUCUCUGAAAUGUCUGGGGGUACAUUUUCUUUCAUUGAAGCUGAGGAUGUAAUUCAAGAUGCAUUUGCACAGUGUAUUGGAGGACUCUUGAGUGUGGUGGUGCAGGAGCUACAGGUGAAAGUUGAGUGUGUACACCCUGCUCUGAAACUGGGUUCAGUAAAAGCAGGGAGUUACCGAGCCAGCACGAUGGCUGAUGCAAGGAUGGCUACUAUCAACGUAGGAGAUUUGUAUGCUGAAGAAGAAAGAGACUUUUUGGUGACAGUCAAUGUUCCUAUUGACAAGUCUUGUGAUGAGAUGUCAUUAUUGAUCGUCAGAAGUCUGUAUAGAGACCCGCUUACAAAAGAGAUGGUGGCUUUGGAGGAAACUAGCAAAGUAAAAAUCCAGAGACCUGAGGUAGCCGGAGAACUGGUAGUGUCAUUAGAAGUAGACAGGCAGCGAAACAGGCUUCGCGCUGCAGAGGCAAUGGCUGAGGCCAGAGUCGCAGCUGAACGCGGUGAUUUACCUACUGCAGUUUUUAUCCUUGAGAGCUGUCAUAAGGCAUUGUCCGAAACUGUAUCCGCCCAAGCAGGUGAUCGUUUGAUUGUUGCUCUUUCUGCGGAGCUAAAGGAGAUGCAAGAGAGGAUGGCUGACCAACGUGUGUAUGAACAGUCAGGGAGGGCUUAUGUUCUAUCAGGAUUGAGCUCCCAUUCAUCGCAAAGGGCCACUACACGCGGUGAUUCUACAGACAGCACCAGUCUUGUUCAAACAUAUCAAACCCCAUCCAUGGUAGACAUGGUGACUCGUUCCCAAACCAUGAUUUUUGGGACGCCACAGCCUCGACGUGUUCUCCGCCCUGCUAAAUCAUUUCCUCAAGGGCAGCGAGGACAGUAAUAAUAAAGACAGCAUUUGGAAAAUUCUACUCAGCCUAUGCAUCUUCCAAGAAGGCCUUCAAGUUUCUACUUUUAACUUCUUUGUUCCUUGUGAAUUUGGCAUGGUGGGUAUAAUGGGAAGUAGGGAGUUUCAGGGGGAUAAAAUUCCUAAUUUUGGCAGUAAAUAACUGUAAAUGUAAAUAGGAUGGCGGAAGGACAGGAUUUAAGUUGUUUAAAUGUUUGCAUUUUGUUAUUUUCAAUAAAGACAUUAUAAACCUGCAAAUUGUAGCCGAA